GAAUUUCUGCCGUGUGGUUUUUACUCGGCCCCGCAACCCUCCGGCACGGCCCCUCCGGACCAUUCUCAACCGAGCCCCGGGGUGAUCAGACCCUGCCACCAACUCCCCCCCACGCAUCUGCUCUGCUUCAGCCCCAGGAAGCACCCCGAGGAGGGAGGACAGACACGAGGCAGCCCCAUGAGCCACCGCUCACCCCGCACCGUGCCAACCUUGAGCCCCUGAGUGCGCACCCACUGCCCUGGGGUCCACAGCGAUGUGACAUGGGGACAGCAAGGUGCAGAUCAUCCUAACAGCCACAGCAGCCCUACAUGCCCAUGCCUCCAGCCGAGCCCACUGAGCCCCAGCCUCCAGCAUGUCCCAGCUCUCCUCCACACUGAAACGGUACGUUGACUCGUCCCGCUAUGCCGAGAACACCUACAGCAAGAUGCCCAGCGGCUACAGCUCCUACACCUCCUACGGCUCCACCUAUGCCUAUGCAGACAGAGACAAAAUCGGCUUCAAAUCCAGCUACCUGCCCUCCCCUCGGUACCACCACAGCAGACUGUCCCCAACCAGCGGCUAUGACAGCUGCCGCCUGCCCCUGUACCCCGACUCCAGCAUCCGCCUGAGCCCCGCUUACAUCCGCACACAGCCGCCGGGCGGGGGGCUGAGCGGGGGCUCUUGCUACUCCUUCACCGGGACCCCCGGCAGCCCCUCUGGCUACGUGUCCACCUCCACACUUCUCAGCCGUCGCAGAGCCAUCAGCCACUCGGACCUGGCGCAGGAGUUUUCGGGGCUGCACACGUCAGACAGCGCCUACGCAUCCAGCCCCAGUGCUCUGUACCAGGCCGCCACGCGCUCUGACUACGUCCGCGAUUACCUGCAGAAGAGCAGCCACUGCAGCCUGCCCUCCAGCCCCUCCAGCAGCCAGCUCUGUGAAAGGGAUGAUGGUUAUGGCAGCACGCAUGGCCCUGACCCCAUGAGCUCCAAGGUGGUGCAGGGGCUGACUGGACUGCGGAACCUCGGCAAUACGUGCUUCAUGAACUCCAUCCUGCAGUGCCUGAGUAACACCAAGGAGCUGCGGGAUUACUGCCUGCAGAACCAGUACCUGCGGGACCUCAACAACAACAGCCGCAUGCGCACCGCGCUCAUGUCAGAGUUCGCAAAGCUGAUCCAGCUGCUCUGGACCUCAUCCCCCAACGACAGCGUGAGCCCCUCCGAGUUCAAGACGCAGAUCCAGAGAUACGCCCCACGCUUUGUUGGAUACAACCAGCAGGAUGCACAGGAGUUCCUGCGCUUCCUCCUGGAUGGGCUGCACAGCGAGGUGAACCGCGUGCUGGUGCGGCCGCGGGCCAAUGCUGACACCCUGGACCACCUCCCUGAUGAUGAGAAGAGCCGCCAGAUGUGGCGGAGGUACCAGGAGCGGGAGGACAGCCGUGUUAGUGAUCUCUUCGUUGGGCAGCUGAAGAGCUCGCUGACCUGCAGUGAGUGCGGCUACUGUUCCACAGCCUUUGACCCCUUCUGGGACCUCUCCCUGCCCAUCCCCAAGAAAGGCUACGGGGAAGUCACCCUGAUGGACUGCCUGCGGCUCUUCACCAAAGAGGACAUUCUGGAUGGGGAUGAGAAACCGACGUGUUGUCGCUGCAAAGCCAGGACGCGGUGCACGAAGAAAUUCAGCAUCCAGAAGUUCCCCAAGAUCCUGGUGCUCCACCUGAAACGCUUCUCAGAGGCCAGGAUACGAGCCAGCAAGCUCACCACCUUCGUCAACUUCCCGCUGAAGGACCUGGACCUGAGGGAGUUCGCCUCGCAGAGCUGCAACCACGCCGUUUACAACCUCUACGCCGUCUCCAACCACUCGGGCACCACCAUGGGAGGACACUACACUGCCUACUGCAAGAGCCCCAUCUCCAGCGAGUGGCACAGCUUCAAUGAUUCCCGCGUCACCCCGAUGUCCUCCAGCCACGUACGCAGCAGCGAUGCCUACCUGCUCUUCUACGAGCUGGCCAGCCCAUCCUCACGCAUGUAGCCGGCCCCUGGGCACCCCUCAGAGCCUCCUACUUGGAUUUUGGCACCCCAAGAACAGUAGAAAGCCCCGAGAUGAGGGCAGAAACCAAGUAGCCCCGGUGCCUCCAGGCCUCUGGUGUUUGCUUUUUACCCUGGGGUAGGUUUUUCUUUUUUCUUUCUGAUGUGUAAUAAAAAUACUGAGCAAGGGGCCUGGAGCUGCCUGCUCCCACCAAGGACCUUGGGGA